AUGGGCCCCGAUCUGAGACCGGCCCAGUUCGCCUCAAACGCUGCUCCGGACGACCCUUCAGGAGACUCCUCGUCAGACAGCGACAGACGGACCCAUCCUCAUUUUCGAGGACCAUCUGCAAGACGCCACAGAAGCGAGAUCCCUACCCAAUUAACGCCUGCCCCUCAAACUAAGUCUAUUGCGCUAGCACUCCGGACCAACUAUCGUUUCCCUGACCCACCUCUCUUUAACAAUGGAGAAGACCCUACGUUUGAUUCGUGGAUAAUCGACCUGGACUCUAAGCUCGAGGCCUCAGGUUAUAUGGACCCUAGCGUAUCAGAGAAACAACGGAUGAACUACACCCUUAGUUGUACUAUUAGUGAGGCUAGAGCUCAACUGCUAACUCGCUUCCCUACCACUCUACGAAGAGUCCACCAUACGUUCCAUACGUUGGAAGAGAUGGUCUAG